AUGGCCGAACCUCCUCGACCGACAACUCCUACAGGAGAAACACGCGACCAACCGGCCCCUGACAGAACUUCACCGACGUUCCACCCCUUCCCCAAGCUUCCAGUCGAGAUCCGACUCUCCAUCUGGAAGUACGCAUGUUUCCCUCGGUCCCAGGUCGAUCACGGUAUUCAGUAUGUCACUGUCAACAUCGUGGAUGAGGAUAUUGAUGAAGAUGACCUUGUUGUCUUUGAUGACAACCUGGAAGGAUAUGAUGAUGAACUAGCCGUAGAAAGCGACGAAGAUGGCUACAUCACCCUGACAGCUCCGAAAUUCCCGUUCGACAAACCCGCCGAACUCUGUCGCCCCAACCCAUCGGCCUGCCUUUGGGAGGCCGGCCUUUUGACCGCUUGCCGUGAGUCCAGGCUCGCUGUCGCAGAGUAUCAUAACCUCAAGGGCUGGCGAGAGUUUCGCGAGCAACCAAUGAACACAACCCAGACAAACGAAUGGUACGACCAAGCCUACCCCUCGACUCUCGUCCCCCACAAAGGAGACAAGAAAUGGUGCCCGAUGGUUGUUCCUCACUUCGACAUAUUUUGCAUCGACACGAGCUGUAUCAGAAACCUGCCAAAGAGCCUAUACAGCAUGAAGCUUCUGACACCCUUCCUCAGCACACGAGCUUUCACAAUCAGGGAGAAUUGGAACAUCGCACUGAAGUACGAUAGCAGCUGGAACACAAAACUCCGACCCCAAGACUACCGACUGAAGCGUGAAAACACCCCGCGAGGACUUCUUGCGAACUGGCUUGACAGAUUCAAGGACGAGAUCUAUCCCAAGCCAAGUCUUUGGAUCAUCGAUGACAGUGUUAGCUGGGUUGCGAAGGGCGAGCAGACAUACACCCCGGUGUACCGUGAUUGUGAUGGAGAGUAUGUCCAGAUCGACUGGGAGGAUACUCGUGGCGAUGGAGCCAAGGGAGAUGUCACACGCUUUUUCGGAUGUUUGAGCGACAUAUUGGACUACGACAAUGAUUUCUUUUCGUUUAAAACCAAGGAGAUUGUGAAGCUUCUUGUUCGCAAAGACAACGAGAUACCCUGGAACUCCGAUGAAGAGCUCGAGUUGAGUGACGGUGAAUAUUCUUGGAAUGAAGACAGGGAUUCAGAUCAAAGCACUGAUGACAGUUGUUAUGAAGAUUAUUGA